AUGAAUAAAGAUUCAAAACAUAUUGAAAACCAAUUAAAAAUUUUAAAACAGUUAGAUGGUUCUUUUUCAAAGCUUCAAAAUGCAUUAAAAACAAAGUUAAAUAAGAGUUUUGUUUUAAAUCACAAAAAUCUUACAUUGGAAAAUCAACUAUCAGAAGAAAUUGUAAAUCUUAAAGAAGGAUUAGAAAAGUUACAAGAAAAAAAAAAUCCAGAUGACAAUACAACUAAUGCAAAAUAUUACAAACUUUAUGAAGAAAUCAUGGAUGAAAGAAAAAAAAUUAAACAAGAUAUUAAUCAAUUAGUUGCUCUUAAAGAAGAUGCGUUUAAGAAUUUAAAAGUAGAAAAAGAACGUUUUGAUAAAAAAAUAAAAAAUGAUGAAUUGAGUGCUUUAGAAGAAUUUAAACACAAACUUAAUAAAAUAGUGGAAAAUAUUGAAUAA